AUGACCCAUGCUAGCAUUGCUGCUGCAGCCAUUGCUUCUAUAGCUUCUGAGGCACCAGGAUUUGCCAACUUGCCCUCUCAGCAUUCCUCCUCUGCCAGUCUUGGCAACAAUGAGUCCCAGCAGUGGUCGUCUUCUUCUUCCUCUUUAAGGGUUUUGAAAGCUUCCACCACCAGACUGAUGGACAACUUGAUUUCUUCAAUUUUCACCAGUUUUCCCAUGUUGAUGGUGAAGACCUUGCCAGUGAGGUUUGGAGAUGGACAACUAUAUACCUGGACAGAUGGCUUGAAAAGAAAGGACUGGCAUGACUAUGAACAUAUUCAAAAAGAUGCCAUCCGUUUAGGGAAAGGUGAACAAGGAAAGCCAUAUCCUCUCACAGAAGAAGAUAGUGAUGAUUCUGCUUAUCGGGAAAAUGGUUUCAAUAUUUUUGUAAGCAACAAUAUAGCCUUGGAGCGAUCACUGCCAGACAUUCGACAUCCUAACUGUAAAAACAAGUUAUACUUGGAGAAGCUCCCAAACACUAGUAUAAUUAUCCCAUUUCAUAAUGAAGGUUGGACUUCACUUCUGCGGACUAUACACAGCAUUAUCAACAGGACACCAAAUAGCCUGAUAGCAGAAAUUAUUCUUGUGGACGACUUCAGUGAUAGAGGGCUAGAAAGAAAAACUGUUAAAAAAUAUGAGUAA